GUACAUGGUUCGGGUCCGAGCUGUGGUGAUGGCCCGAGAUGACUCCAGUGGGGGCUGGCUGCCCGUGGGGGGCGGGGGCCUCAGCCAGGUGAGCGUAUGUCGGGUCCGAGGGGCCAGGCCCGAGGGGGGGGCCCGCCAGGGGCACUACGUCAUCCACGGGGAGCGCCUCCGGGACCAGAAAAUCACCUUGGAGUGUACCCUGAGGCCAGGCUUGGUUUACAACAAAGUGAACCCCAUCUUUCAUCACUGGAGCCUGGGUGAUUGCAAGUUCGGGCUGACGUUUCAGAGUCCGGGGGAAGCAGAUGAGUUCCAGAAAAGCCUGCUGGCUGCCCUGGCCGCGCUGGGCCGCGGCUCGCUCACCCCUUCCUCCUCCUCCUCCUCCUCCUCUUCCUCCUCCCCUUCCCAGGACACAGCAGAGACACCUUGUCCUCUGACGUCCCACGUGGACAGCGACUCCUCCUCCAGUCACAGUCGCCAGGAGACACCUCCCACCGCAGGGGCAGCGACCCCCAUCCUCACCGUGGAGUCCGCAGGCUUCGGGUCCGCCUCGUCGCCGCAGCGCCGGCGCUCCUCCGCGCAGAGCUUCCCGCCGCUUCUGCCGUUCACGGGGAUCCUGGAAGCCUCAGAGGCCCUGGCCGGGGCCGGGGGCCCGGGCUGGGGUGGCCGCGGCUAUGAGGAUUAUCGGCGCACCGGGCCGCCCGCGCCCCUCGCCCUGUCCACCUGCGUCGUGCGCUUCGCCAAGACGGGCACCUUGCGGGGCGCGGCGCUGGGGCCCCCGGCGGCCCUCCCUGCCCCUCUGGCCGCAGAGGCCGUGCCCCCGGCGCCCCCCACGCGGCCGCCCCCGGGCCCGGGCCCCGCCCCCGUCCCCGCCAAGGCCUCCCCGGAGGCGGAGGAGGCGGCGCGCUGCGUGCACUGCCGCGCGCUCUUUCGCCGCCGCGCCGACGGCCGGGGUGGCCGCUGCGCCGAGGCCCCGGACCCGGGCCAGCUGCUGGUGCGCCGCCUCAGCUGCCUGUGGUGCGCCGAGAGUUUGCUCUACCACUGCCUGUCGGACGCCGAGGGCGACUUCUCGGACCCUUGCGCCUGCGAGCCGGGCCACCCGCGGCCGGCGGCGCGCUGGGCCGCGCUGGCCGCGCUCUCGCUGGCCGUGCCCUGCCUGUGCUGCUACGCGCCCCUGCGUGCCUGCCACUGGGUCGCGGCGCGCUGCGGCUGCGCGGGCUGUGGGGGCCGCCACGAGGAGGCCGCGCGGUGAGGACAGCCGCUGGGCCCGGGAGCCGUCCCGAGGCCCCACGAUGCAGGGUCCAGGACCCCGGACUCCCUUCGGACCCCAAACCCCAAUCUAGGCACACCGGAACUUGGAGCUUGAGUUUGGACGGAGAAAUCCCAAACCUGGACCCCCUGGACCCCCUUCCCCCAUCUAGGACUGAAACACCCCCCACCCCCACGACCCACUUAAGUGGAGUGUCAGCCCAGAAGGACCCAGGCACCCUGAGUUCUGGCAUCCUUUUCCCUUGAACACUCCCCCUCCCACUUCUGCACCCCACGGCCUAUACUAAGGAGACUCCAGGCAGCCCCCCAGACUCCACAGCUCUAGGCCGGCCAGGGGAGCACUUGAAUCCCUGAGGAAUGCUGGGUCCUGCACCCCG